AUGCCACCCCCAACCUACGACCUCAUAGUCAUCGGCUCCGGCUUCGCCGGCGCCACCGCCACGCUCUCCUUCCUCGAGACGACCGCUGCCGCCGCCGCCGCCGCCGCCACAGGCAGCAACAACCAGCAGCAGCCCCAACCCGCAGGCCGCGUCGCCCUCGUCGAGACCGGGCGGCGCGGCGAGCGCUGCGGCGCCUCCCGCUGGACCAGCGCGUACCUGCGGCUGGACCGCGACCUGGAGUUCGACGGCGGCUGGGCGCGCGAGAUGCAGGCCGUCAGCAAGGGGCUGGCGAGCGGCGAGUACUGCGACGUGUUGGCGCGGGAGGCGGGGGUGACGGCGCGGUGGUUGGAGCAGGAAGAAGGAAGGGGAGGGGUCGGCGUGCGCUGGGUGAGGCGGGAGGAGGGCGAUGUGUUGUUGGGGUGGGAGACGGGGCAGUGUUUUGUGUAUCCGGAGGGUGGGGGGGAGGCGGUGGUGGGGAAGUUGAUGGGGAGGAUUGAGGAGGAGGAGGCGCAGACGGGGAGGGUGGAUGUCGUGUGGGAGACGGAGGCGAGGCAUGUGCUGACGGAUGAGCGGGGGAGGGUGAGGGGGGUGCAGGUGAGGGGGAAGGAUGGGUUGGUUUAUGAGAUGCAUGCUCCGGACGUGGUUCUUGCGUGCGGUGGGUUCGAGGGCAACCGCGAGAUGCUGGCCAAGUAUGUCGGGAAUCGGACGCACGAACUGCCCUUGAUUGCCCCGGGGUUGGCUCACAACAAAGGAGCCGGGUUGAACAUGGCCCUGGAGCUUGGCGCGGCGACGAGUGGCUCGUUUGAUGGUAUGCAUUGCGAGCUUGUGGACACGCGAGCAACGAAGCCAGAUGCGGUUAUUUGGGGCCACAACUAUGGGAUAGUGGUCAAUGAGCACUGCAAACGCUUCUACGACGAGGGGAAGAAACAACUUUUUGCAUCCUUCGAGAUGAUAGCGCUCGAGCUCUGGCGCGACCAAAACCAGAAAGGAUACUUCAUCACCGACGACACCAUCAUGAAGCGCUUUCGCCCCGGCUGGGUGUAUGACACGACUGACCAAGAGCCGGAGAAGGCUGACACUAUCAGAGAGCUGGCAGUCAAGCUCGGCUGUGAUCCCGAUGAAUUGCAAAAGACAGUGGACGAGUUCAAUGAAGCAUGCAACAAAGAGACUCCGUUCGACCUGAUGAAACUGGACGGGAAACGAACGCAUGGAUUGAAUCCAGAAAAGACAAACUGGGCAAACCCCAUCGUCGAGCCGCCAUUUUACGGCUACCCGCUCAUGGCGCACUUGACGUUCACCUACGGUGGUGUCAAGACGAACACAAAGGCGCAGGUGCUCGGUACCAACGACGUCCCCAUUCCGGGACUUUGGGCAGCCGGAGAGAUGACUGGUCUCUACUACAACGAAUAUCCGCCGGCCACCUCAGUAUUGAGGUCUCUCACUUUUGGACGUCUUGCCGGAACACAGAUUGCGCAGAAGCUGAAGAAGUGA